UUUUAGAUACUCUAGAUACAUUAGAUACUCCAUAAUAAUUGUUAUGAUGAUUCUGAACUGUCUUGAAAUGCAUAGGCCACGUCAUUGCAAACACCGGAUUAGCCACACCAAGGUCCUGCAUUGGAUUCUGCGCUUCUCUCUUUUCAAGUGCUGCCACAUAGACCCGAUUGGCUGUUGCCUAGAUACUAGACCUACAUUUUUAGUAAACAUAUCGAGGGUAGCAGGGAGGAAGAUGAGCUUUAUGGUAUAAAGGAGAAAUGCCGAAACCACAAAAGGAAACGAUCAGCAUACCUCCACCUGGGCGAUGGAACUGGAAUGAUGAAACCCAAGCCCUCGAGUUCACCAGUUUUAGUACAUCUGUGGAGGUAAAAGAAAAGAGAAAAAAGACUAAACCUGUCAAUUUUCAAGAUCUUGCCAGCAAGCGUCCAGAGAGGCAAACGCAGUCAUCGGCCAAGAGGGGGGGACAAAGCAGCAGGAAGACUGUGGGUCCUGCUCAACUCAAUGCCUACAAGUCCUCAGUAAAACGGGGUCAGAGGGACUAUGUGACCAUCGAGGAUGUGAAACAGGUGGCACUCAGUUUGCUGCAGGAGAAUGAUGCACUCCCCAUUCCAUUUUGCUUCCUGUCUGUGUUGAAGAGCAAAGAGCUGGAUGAGUUCCUGGCUGCCCUCCUGCUCUACCUGUCCUGUUACUUUGAGAGGAAGUCUCUGGAGAAGAAGCCCAAGCCUCUCAUGGCUGAGCAGAGUAUCACAGAGAAGCAGGUGAUGGCGGAGACCCUUGCUAAGGUGGAGCUGGCCCAGAAGCAGCUGGCCUUCUGCUACUCCAGCCUGGUCCUGGGCCUGGGCCUAUCCCAGCAGCACCACAUGGCCUGUGGCAGGAGCCGUGUGUCAUUGACCUACAAAGACAGGCAGUUGUAUGAGUGUCUGUACAGCUUCUUCUGCUACGUGGCGUGGGUGACGUUCAGUAGGAAGGACCUGAGAGGCAUCCAGGAGGAGGUGGGGCGCCUGCUGCGUUCUGACACCUUCAACCCCGCCCUCAGGACCAGGAUAGAUGCCACAGAGGACAACCUGGCCCAGGACUCCUCCACCAAAGAGGGACAGACUGAGCCCAAAGUGCACACACAGAGCCACAAUGCCCCAGAGCAAAGGAAGUCCCAGCGUCGUCCGGCCUUGAGUAAGAUGGUGACCCAGCGCUCCCCGGUCAUGGUGUCCCUGCUGCCAUAUCCGCGGGAGGAGGCUCCUCAUCUGUUCUGCCGCUACAGACCCAGGAAGCAGAGCCAGGCCAAGCUGUGUAACCCAGAGACCCUGAUGGAGGAGCUCAAAGAGCAGCUGGCCUCUGUCAGCUUUGGGAUUCUGGGGAAGCCUCUGAGCCAGUUCAGCUGCACCACCCUUAUGCCCCAGGGAGCUAACAAUGAAGACGACGAGGAGGAGGAGGAAGAUGACGAGGAGGAUGACGAUGAUGAAGACUCCGGCGUCCAUGUUCGAAGCAGUAAGAACACCUUCAUGGCUCAGAGACCUGUCGCAUCAGCAGUGGACCAACGCGGCAGCCUCAGCCGCGCCAAUACAGUCAUCUCACGGGCCACCACAGAGGGAGUGUCCUCAGACACAGAGUGAGAGUAUGUGCGCGUCCCCCAAAAUUUGACAAAUAAAAAAAUAAAAAAUAACAUACAAUUAUGUACCGUAGCAUUGAAUUUAAUAGCAAGGUAAGCUAGCAAUCAUUUUGCCUCCCUUGAUAAUGUUUAAAUAAAAAAAUAACCAAUCAGCAUUGAGCUAAACUGAGUGAGCUCAAUUGUGAAUGGUCCUGGUGCACCAAAAAAAGUGUCAAUGGAAGCUAGUUUGGAUGUGACUUCACACCAAUCACAUUGCAUCAAAAGUAUUGACGAAAAAAGGUGCAUUUUUGCAUCUCGUUGCGUCGUUGUCCUCCGGUGGCUAGCUAAAAUCGACCCUUUUAUAAACGAGCUUGGAUGGAGAAAAGGAAAAAUUGGAUGGAGAUAAGGAUUUGGACUUGUGGACUUACUGUACCGAUCAGUGAUUAUAACGGUGAUUCAGAUCCAACCAUAAAUUCAUACAUUGUGCCCCUGGCCUGAGAGGGUGGAAGUUCAAUAUGUAGCUAGAUGUAGUAGGCUAACGUUAACUAGCUGACUCAUCAUUGCCUUUGAAAUUAAGUUAGGCUAGCUGGCAAGCCUUUUAGCCAUGUAGCCUAAUCGAGGACAACAACAACUAAAAGUGUGUAGGCUACUGUAUGACAGAGAAGAGGAUUGCAUUGGCGUUCCUCUACAAGUAAGGUAAAUCAUUAUGUUUUUCUACUUGCGCACACACACCACACACAAUCAGGACCAUGGACAGCCACAUGUUAUUUACCUUAUGUUGAUUGGACUAAAUUGUUUUUGGUCCUGAUCUUUAAGUUGCUACUCUGUUAGACUAAGCAUUGGUGAUUUGAUGAUUUGGAAGUUGAAAUGAUGGUGGAUUUACUUUAGCAGAGGCCUCUCCUGUUUUUUUUUUUGCCACUUGUGAUAACUCUGUGGUUCUCAAUCAAUAAUUGUUUAGUAGUCAGAUAUUUUGCAAGCAAAACAUAACGUUUUAAAUUUCAUUUCCUGCAGUUGUACAAAUUUGACCAUGGGGCGUAGAAUUUUUAAAACAUUUUUAAAGCAAGUUUGCUCCAAUUAUACACAUUUUGCCAUGGGCCAAAGAGAAGAUUUACCAAUUUCAAGCAAUUCUUUACAUUUUCCCAUGGGGUGUAGAGAAGAUUUUGCAGUUUUACAUCACAUUUUCUGCAAUUCUACACAUUUUGCCAUAGGUUGGAGAGUAAUGUUUGCAGUUUUUAAUAUUUAAUAUUUUUUUGUGAGAGUGACUAAUUAAAUCAAUGGGGGGCCCCCAGUUGGUAAUUCGACCAUGAUUACUACAAGUUUAGAAAUCUGGACAUUAGACUAACAAAAAAUGUUAGCUGACAUGGACUUAUUGAGUGACUGUCAGUGACUGACAUAACAAGAGAAAAACUGCUGAGGCACAACUACAUUUUCAAAAUGGCACCCUGUAUAUUCUACUAUUCUAACCUCAAUUGAGAUCUUAAUGAUUUAUUUUUAUUGAUCCACAGGCCACCAGUUGCCCAUCCCUGCUGUAGGUCAUCUACCUGUUUGUGACAUGCAAUAUGCUUUGUUGACUUCACCAGACAAAUAUGGCUCUCUGGUUUUGUGAUGAAACAAAUGUGUGGUUGAAUUUAUUCUGCCCAGUGGUGUAAAGUACUUUAGUCAAAUUACUUUAAUGUACUACUUAGUUGUUUAUUGGUGUAUCUGUACUGCACUUUACCAUUUAUAUUUUUGACAACUUUUACUUUACUACAUUCCUAAAGAAAAUAAUGUACGUUUUACUCCAUGUAUUUUCUCUGACACACAAAAGUACUCGUUACAUUUUGAAUGUUUAACAGGACAGGAAAAUUGUCCAAUUCACACACUUAUCAAGAGAGCAACCCUGCUCACCCCUACUGUCUCUGAUCUGGCAGACUUAGUUUGUACAUUAUGUCUGAGUGUUGGA